AACCACUUCCAAGGCCCGACCAAAGUAGGCCCGGCCCUCAAACAGCACAGCAAUCUAGGCGUCGAGACUCGAAACAAACAAUAAACAAUCAUUACAUUCGUAACCACAGCAGCAAGCGGUCAGUUUUCAGAAACAUUUAAACAUCGUCUCGAACCGGCUUGCCAACUUCCCACAAAAAAAUAAAUACGUAUAGCAUUAAACAAAUAAAUCAACAGGAACCAUCAAUCGCUGAAUCCAUCGGUACAUCUCUUGAGAGUGCUGCACAGGCAUUAAAUGGUAUCACCGCGCAAGCCGGAAUUUUCGGUUAAAUCAGCACGCCGGCAGUCGGCAGAAAAACAGAUGGCUUCUUCGGCAAAGAGCUGCGAGAGCUUGUUCUCGGCCAGCUCCCGGGAGUCGGCCAGCCACGUCUACCAGCGCAAGCCGAACCCACGCGGGGGUAUGAAGAACUCUGGCAUCCGCCAGCCCUCGAUGGUGGCCAACAACAGUGAGAUCCACCAGCGCGUGAUGUCCGCGCGUAAUUUGCGAGCGAAGACGUUUCAAAAUCAGCUAGCUGAUGCCCACACAGAGAUUGCCAAUCUAGCACACGAGAAUCGCAUGCUGCGCACACUCCACAAGAGGCAGACCUCGGCUUUAAACAAAUACGAAUCAAACAAUGCAGAGCUGCCGCAGCUGCUGCACUCGCAUGCGGAGGAACUGCGUGUCUGGCAGACCAAGCACCGCAAUCUGCAGGCCAACAACAAGGAUCUCGAGCAAAAGUUAAAGCAGAAGGAGGCCCUCAUACUAACGCUGAGUGACCAAAACAAGCACUACAGCCAACUCAACAAGGACAGGAACCUCGAUGAACGCCAGAAGCUGCAAGAGAAGGUGCGUUCCCUGGAGCAGCGCAUAGAGGAAAAGGACAACGACAUUAAGCUAAUGGCGCGCAAGGUGCAGCUGGAAUCGAAGAACUUCCGCCAGCAGCUGCUCAACGAACAGAAAAAGUCCAAGGAGCUGAUGCUCAAACUGGAGAAGUCCAGGCUCGAGAUCAGUGGCUACCGCAAGCUGGAGGAGUACACACUCGGCACUGAUAAGGUCAAUCCCAUGUCCUCCGGGCGUCGCACCAAAUUAAGUGGAGUAGUCGAGGAGCCGGACAAGAUUGACAAGCUGGAGAAAUCGCUGGAAAUGCUGGACAAGGCCAUUGAGAAGAACAACCACAGCGAAUUCCACGCCCUCACAGAUGUCCUAGAGUCGGAAUCCCUGUACGACUUUGAGAAGGACGACAACGAGGUUGGCCCCAAGAGUGCGCCAGGGACUCCUACCAAGGAGCAACCCAUCAAAUUUCCAGGAGUGCGGGCUAAAGCUGGCGUCGGCUUGUCCAAACUGACGCUGCCCCCAGCAACCAGUCCAUCCAAAUUGGGCGCCACAUCGAGCACUCGCUCCACCCUGAGCCAUCUGGUGUCGGCCCAGAGCAAGUCUCCGCUGAGCAAGUCUCCGCUGAGCAAGUCUCCACUGAUAGGCAAACCAUCCAACAAUCGAUUGCGAGCCGGAGCUGGUGCGGGAACAGGAGCUGUAAUGGGUGUCAAGAAUGGUAGUAUGAAAACUGGCGGAUCGUCAAUCAAGCGCCGUGAGCAGGCUGGAAGCAUGUCCAAGACCUCGUCUGCCGAGGGACGCCAGCAGAAGGGAAAGCAGUCGCCAUUGAAGUCCUUGGAUUUCGACUAUGAUGAUGAAUUCGAGAACGCCUUGGAGAACGAUGAGGAGGAAGAUACUUACGCCAUGAUGUCCAAGAUAUGUGCAGUAGAUGACGACGACAAUGAUCCUGAAAAUGAUGCCGAAGAGAAUGCGAAUGAGAUUAGUCUUGUGGAGUACGGGUCGUACUUGGACCCGAAGGACACUCCCGACGACAUGUUGGACGAUAUGCUGGAAGAGGACGAGUUCGCCGAGGGCAAGAAUUCAAUUGGCAGCGAAGAUGAUGAAAGUGCACGUGCACCGCGCGUCAAGGAGAGCGUGUCUAGCCUACGCAAACAGAUAUCGGACGACUACAAGGAGCGCGAGAGCUUCCUGAAGACCUUCUGCCGCCAGGCCUCGGGCAACAAUAUGCGCGACGAUCCACAGAUGAAGAAGCGCAACAGCAUUGCUACAGGGGCGGCCUCCAGUAAUCACUUGAGCGGCAGUCGCAAGCAUGCCUUGCUCGCUGCCUUCAAGACCAUCGACGAUAACAAGAGCCAAGAUUAAAAAACAACAGACACACACCCACACACACACAUACCCCUCAGUUAAUUUAGUUUCGAGUUCCAGUUAGUUACCCAAGCGGUGUUGAGUUACAUGUAUAUUUUUUAGAAUAAAUUUUUGCAUUGCGCCUGCCGCUGGAGCAGCUGCAGCAGCCGACGCUGUACUAGACAGUCCUCUGGGCGUAGUCACCAGUUGCUGCAGCUGCUCCAGUCGGCCAGUGUAAAUUGUGAACCAAA